AUGGGCAAUGAACAGUCGACUUCCAGUGGAUCUCGUAGUGACGGGAUACCGUUCGUGUGUUGGCAGCGCAGUCCCAAGCCGCAGUUUGUGGCAGCUGCUGAAGAUAUUGACGCCAAUAUGCACGCACAAAAUAGCAGUACGAGUGCAGUGUCAAGCUACCACUUUGCAGAGCCGUGCAGUUAUCGAUACGAUCGUGUGUCGCGUGUGGUCACGGGUACUUUGGUGUAUACGGACCCGCUGAAGGCAGACGGAGAGAUCGUGAACAAGACGGAUAUGCUAGGGAACAUUGCCAUAGUUGAGCGAGGUGGCCGCGUUCAUUUUCCCGACAUCGUGCGCCGUCUGUUGGAUCUCGGGGUCACCGGCAUUGUCUUUAUUGAGACAACAGCGGACAAUAAACAGGCGACCCAGUCGCUCUUUGACGGUUUCCAUUCGUCCGGACGUCAGUCUGUGUCCAUUCCAAUUGUGCUACUGUCUAAGUACCAUGCCGAUGAAUUGCUGGAUGAUAGACCGUCACGGGUCUCGAUUGAAUUGCUCUGGAGAGAACAGGCGUGCAAACAUGUUGUGCCGGACGAUGUGUACUUUGGGAUCCAGACUGCAGCGCGUGCUGGAGAUGUCGAGCUGCUGAGAUACUUGAUGAAGAUUGAUACGUCAAGAAAUGUCGUGGAUAACUUUCCAAAAGCAAUGACGUUGUGUGAUGCUGCCGAAAAUGGGCAUGUGGACUGCAUCGAGGUUCUGCACAGUCUAGGCGUUUCGCUGGACGAACAAAAGCCUACGGGUGUGUCGCCACUGAUGAUGGCUUGUUCAGUCGGCAAUGUAGAAGCAGCGCGGGCUCUACUGAUGUUCGGCGCCAGCCUCGACUUGGAAGAUGUGCACGGCAUGACCGCUCUGAUGGUGGCCACACGUGACGGCCGUGCGAAUUGUGUCAGAUUGCUGGUCAAAAAGGGAGCAAGAGUGAAUUUGUCAAGGAACCGAAGUCGCGGAACUACUGCGCUUCAUAUUGCUGCCCGUGGUGGCCUGGAGGAGUGCUGUUCGAUUCUGCUCGAAAAAGGCGCAGAGCUCGAGACACCAAGUCCAAACUCAACCACUGCUUUGAUGGAAGCUGCACGUGCGGGGAAUCUUGGUUGUGUGAAAGUACUUGUCAAGGCUGGUGCUAGUUUGACCGCGAAGGACAGAGAUGGGAACACGGCGGAGCAUAUAGCGAUGAUGGCAGGGCACACUGGUAUCGAAGACUACUUGCGUGAACAAGCUGAAAGUGAAUCCGUCAGGGAUCAUCGUCGCAAAAUUGAGGAAACCGUCGCCAAGCAAAACUCGACCUUGCAAGAUUUGUUGAGGAUUGCGAAAAGCAGCGAAAUGUCAGUCGACAUUUUGUACCGAGAGAUGCUACGAGAGCACAAGUCGAGUAGUUGGCUGGAGCAGCCGCGAAUUAUUUAUGAAGUAUUCCGCUUAUUGACGGUUCCAGCAGCAUCUUCCGAGUUCGACGCUGUGGAUGACCUCAAUUACGGCAAGUACACCGUGCAGCAUUUUUGUAGUGAGGUCGCGCUAUGGUACCCACCACACAUUUUCCAGAAAGGUUACAAGCUCGUUGGCGGUGGAUGGGCUUUGAAUAGUGCUGAUGACUAUGACGUCAAAACUGCAUCAGGGUACCUGAAAGUGCUAUUUAACUUUCUUUGUACUGCAGAUCCCUUGGAUGAAGUGCUACUGGUUCUUUUCUGUAAAGUAGUCAACCAUUUGGUUGUGAACCAGAGUCUUGGAGAGCUAAUCUGGCGAUUUUUGGCCGACGAAGGGCGGUUCGUUGUGCCCUGGCUAGUCUGUCAUAUCGGUCUCGAUUCGAUUUGCGAUACCCUUGUGUGGUUGCUAUACUCAGACAUGUCGGAAGCUGGACAGCACAACGUGCAGAAGAGUGGUAUAUUCGGCUGUUUAUUCGCUCGCCUGUACUCGUGGCAGCGAACGUUGGGCUGGGGUGUGGGGACGUCAUUCCAGCGAGACUCAGUCGAAAAUAUUUGCUCAUUGAUAAACUACAUCAUCUAUCCGCCUUCGGUGUACAUCAUGAACAACGUGGCGACUUUCGUGGAGAAUGCAGAUCACUCGUUGCCGCUGAUAACGGAUCAGCAGUUUCCUCUUCAUCACAACGAGCUGUUUAAGUCACUGUUGGUAUAUUUACUUAACACGACGGAUGUCUCGUUUAGCACAUUGCUUGAUCUGGGAUUUGCGGAGGUAUGUCGCCAGAGUACAAAGGGAUGCACGUCGCUUGUCGUCUGUGAAGGCGGUGCGCUCUCGAUUGUAAUGAUGCUGAUGAGUACGCUGGGAUACCACAAGAAAAAACGUGAUGUCACGGGAAUUGAAGGUCUGUUAAAGACUGUCUGCGUGUCGUUGCUGACGGCGCUGAUUCCUCGCGUGGAAAAGUUCGUGAUGUUGUGCCGGGCAGUGGUCACAUCGGAUGUUGACGCGCUCCACGCACUAUCGACUUCCUUCAACCCCGGCAGUGUCAAGGCUGUGAGUGCGAAAGGGUCUGCGCUUUUGCACAUCAUCACGUUUCUUAAGCGCUGUGUAUUUUUGCAAAGUGGAGACGUGGACUACCAGCUGGCAAAUUAUGGUUUGAUGCCAUGCUUACUAGCCUGCUAUGGCUCGCAUCCUAGCAACAGCAUGUUGCAUCACGAACUUACCGACGUCAUCAGAUUCGUUUUGAUGGACCCGGACCAGAAACGGUUGCCAUCAUCUCCAUUGCUAAAUAGUCUCUUCAUCGAGGGAGCGAACAUUCUGGAUUUCGUUAUUCAGGCGUACAACAAGCACAUGCAGUACAAGGGUCACAUGACGACGAUUGCGAACAGUAUUUUCACAUUGACCAACACUCCAAAUUGCAGGAGCGGAUCAGUCGCAAUAACGUGUCAAGAUGUUGUACGGCAGUACACAUCGCAGCAUGAUAAGUGGGUGAAAUUUGAGCACGUUAUCGCGGAGCAGAACCGUGUCGAGAUGCUACCGCUGGGUGAGCGCAACGCACCGUUGUGCCACGGAUGCUUGAAGCUGAAGCAAAGUGCCGUCGAGUAUGUGUCGGCCACGCUCACGAUUGCCGAGGCGGGAGAGUAUUGUGGGCAUCUGGAGACCAUUUUCUCGGGUGCUGCGAGCCACUACUGUAAGGUCACGUACACGGACGAGUUCAUCACAGGCUUCAUGUACAAAAAGGACAAAGUCCACGAUCAUAUUCCAAUUCCAGAGCCCACACGUGUGAGCUCGUUCAUCCAGUUCCCGGUACCGAUGCCAUUCCACGCGCUUACGUUUACUAUAACGUUUUUCGGGUUAUGCCAAGUAUGUGAUAAGCUAUGGUACUGCGACACGCUUCAGAGUGCGAAUUGGGCGCAACGCAUGAAGUGGGUCAUCCCCACGUCGGUCCGCAAGUGGUAUAGCUUUGGCGUAACUGAGGGACCGGGAAGCGGUGCACACGGUCUACAGUUUUCGUCAAAGGGUUACAAAAGCUUUAUCGUGCUUACUGACACGUGGGGACGCCAGGAGCAGUGGUUGCACGCGAUGGAAGAUGCGAUUCAGAACCUGGCUACUCAAGCGUAUCGAGGCAAUAGUGAAAGCGCCAUGGCAAUUGAAAUCGACAAUGAAGUUGACGCCGAAGAGCUCGACGUGAUGCGCAUAAGAGAAAUUACGGCUGGGUUGGGCGGCGUUGGCCUCGUUGGCGUGCCUACUGUUGUGGGGUCUGGUCCACAAAGCGAAUCCAGCAGCCACAGCUCGCUUGUGUCGGAAGAAGACGAGAAGGGAGCGCGCCGUCGAAGCAACACCUUGUCUUCGGCUGGAAGUGACGCUGAGCAGCUUUCAGGAAAGUCUGGAGACGUCGAUGAUCAAAGCAGAGAUGCAUCACCACAAUCGCGAGAACCUUUGACAAUGCCCAUCUUGCGGUCACAGUCUUCCAUUGAGCUCGCGUGCAAAGAAAACGGACUGAAGUCGUCAGGUGCUCAGGAUGACAAGGUGUCUGGAAAAUCGCGCCGGACUCUCAAUCUGAAGCGGUUUCAGCCGGAUACGCAGAAGUUUUCGGAAAUCCUGUGCAAACUUAAGAUUGACCCUUCACUCCGCUCUGGCAAUACCCGAGCACCGGUGAGCACACCAGGCAACUUCGUGCCAUUUGGUCAACCACGGAAUGCUGGGAGUUCCCACAGCGGUGUGGAUGGUCGUUCAGCAGCUGAUCUCGUGGGCAUGCGCCAUGUUGUCUCAACGCCAGACCUCUCCCGGCUGCAAGGUUAG